CUACGGCGUCGUACUGUCCAUCUGUCUCCCUCUAUCCUCUCUUUUUCUCCUCUCUCUCCCUCUCUCUCUCUCUCUCUCUCUCUCUGGAAAGUCUGUAAUUCAAGAGGGUCUCUUCCUGAAGAUUUGAGGAUGUACAGUUUCAUGGGUGGAGGGCUUUUCUGUGCGAUUGUGGGGAACAUCCUGCUGGUGGUGUCCUGCGCCACAGACUACUGGAUGCAGUACAGACUGUCGGGCAGCUUCGCCCACCAGGGCCUGUGGAGGUACUGCAUGACCAACAAGUGCUACAUGCAGACCGACAGCAUCGCCUACUGGAACGCCACUCGUGCGUUCAUGAUCUUGUCUGCGAUGUCCUGCUUUUCGGGAAUCAUUGCCGGGAUCCUCUCCUUCGCCCACUUCUCCGCCUUUGAGAGGUUCAACCGAUCCUUCGCAGCUGGGAUUAUGUUCUUCAUCUCCACUCUGUUUGUGCUGCUGGCCAUGGCCAUUUACACGGGGGUGACGGUGAACUUCCUGGGGAAGCGCUUCGGAGACUGGCGCUUCUCCUGGUCCUACAUCCUGGGCUGGGUGGCCCUGCUCAUGACCUUUUUUGCAGGCAUAUUUUACAUGUGCGCCUACAGAAUGCACGAGUGCAGGCGGAUGGCUGGGCCCCGGUAAAAUGAGAAAUAAUGAUUGAAAGAAAGAGAAGAACAUGAACAAUUCAGACAAUUUGCUUUAUUGGCAGUGUGCAAUGGGGAGAGCGAGGGGAGGUUGGACAUGCCAACGUUUUUCGGGAAAAAACAUUUGCAUGGAUAUCUGACUUCACAUUUAAAGAACAAACAAACACUGGACAAAAUAUUUCAAUGUCAAUUUACAUAGACGCCGAGAGUAGAAAAUGCAUUCAUACUUGGCAGAAUUUUCAAUAAAGUGAAAAGUGGAACCUGGCUUUCCAAUGAUUUGAAAUAUCGGCAUCGUUUUUGAAUAAUGUCUGUCUGUGUGUCCUCUAAAAACUACUUGCACGUCCAGCAUUUCGUUUUUAGUUCACAAGUACAUUUUCAGAAAGUUAUUUACAUUGUUGUUCACUAGGGACUAGAGUUAAAUGGAUGUGAUAGCAAUUUUCAACAAAUACAUUACCAUACACGAAAAAACAACAAUACAAUACAGUAACAUCGGCUUAAUAUAAAAACACAAGGCCUUUCAAAUAUCAGUUUAGAUCUCUGCCAAUGGAUGUUAGACUCUUGGUUAUGAAAACAAAAUGGACAGACUGCUAGCAGA